AGUGAGUUAGAGUCAGUGUCAGUGUCAGUGAGUGUAUAUGUGUGUGAGAUUUACCAUUCAUACGGUCCAUCAUAGUCCGUUUGUCAGUUAAAAAAAAAAUUACAAAAUUUCCGUACAUUUCCGAAAGACAUUCUAAAACCGACAGGUGUAAAACACAAUAAUUAUCCAAACAACUACCUCCUUCUCUGUUUAGUUGCAGCAGUCGGUGGUGGAACAAUAAUUGUUACCUUCGUUCCUGAAUUUCAAAAAUAAAAAAAAAACAACAACAAAAAAGUAGUCAACAACUCCCCGGCCACCAAAAAAGAAGAAAGGAGAAAAAACACCCAACGCCAACUGACAACGCAGUUGCUUUGUUUAGCCGCUUCCCACCUCCUACUCUGGACUGCAAAUCCUCUGACGCCUUUAUUUUAUUGUGGGAUUUCCUGGUCCUUUUGUUUUGAUUUUCGGUUUAACGGCCAUCAUCAUCGCCACCGCCACAACCACCUGUAAAACUUCCACAAUUCCCAAAAUGUUCGAUAUCAAAUCCAUUUGCCACUUAACAAUUUUAUUGCUGUCAUUCUGUUUUAUGCUGGUGCAUUGUUCGCUGGAGCCUACAGAUCAAUUUCUAGAUAAUCCCACAGAUGUCAAACAAGAUGUCUUAACAAUGCACAAACGUCCGUCAUUCUUUGUGGGCAGUCGCUAUGGCCGAUCAUCUGGCGGUGCUUCAUCAUCAUCGGUGGCCAGCGGUGCUUAUGCACCAUCGAAAACCCGACGCCUAAAUGUGGUGCCACGCAAUGACAGAUUCUUUUUGGGCUCACGUUAUGGCAAACGAGCGGGUACGCAAUUUGAAAAUCUCGAACCUAUGGAAUCAAUGUUAGCGACACCCUAUGAACAAGCUUUGUUUUCAGAGAUCUCCACCGGCACCCAGUUGAGUAAUAAGCCGGCAGCCGUGGCUGCAGCAGCAGCAAAACCAUUGAUGCUAAUGAAUAACGAGUACUCGGCCGAGGGUGAGGGUGAUGCAGCAGCUGGCGGUGCAUCGACACCCUAUAUGUCUUGCGUCUACACUGGUUUACAGAAUUUCUAUCGCUGUAACAGUAUUGAUGAUAACAUGUUUUAUGUUAAAAAUACAGUUAAGAAUCAUGCCGCCUACCAGAAUUACAAUAACAACAAUUAUAAUAAUGCUGAUAACGAUGUUCGCAAUGAUGUUGACGAAACUGAUGACGAUGAUGAAACUAAAACUGAAACUGUUAACUCUGCUGUUGAUAAUGACGAUUACGAUACUGAUGCUGAUGCUGAUGGGGGAAAUGCUGGUCGCAGUGAUGGUGUUGUCAAUGAAGUACUCUCAACGGAUGCAACAGAGGCUGUUGGCAAUGGGAUUGGAGGUGAUAAUGAUUUAGCUGUACUUUUUAAUGAUGUCAAUGGUAAAAAUUGAAAAGAAUAAAAAAAAAUGUGUUUGAAUUUCUCAAAGAGCCUCCAUACCUCUACAACAACAUCCACCCACCUACAUAUGACCGUAUUGCAUAUGUCUUGCUUGCAAAGAUAUCCCUCUCAAAGAAUGAAACUGAAAACUGAACAUAAAUAUUUAAUUUUAAGUAUGAAAAGCCAACACUUAUAAAAUGUCUACCUAUGUACGAGUACAUAUACACAACACACUCACACAUUUACAUGCAGCUAUACUAGAAUUAAAAUUUAAAAAAAAAUUAUA